AUGGAUAAAAAGGCAAACGAAAUCACGAGGGUCAAACAGAGCCCUCCUAUUGGGUCAACCGACAGACGAAAAACAUGGAAAUCUGAUAAUUCCGAAGGGAACUCAAUUCAGAUUGCGAGGCAGAGAUAUGAGCUCAGGAAGAAUUUGGACAAAGAAUUUAAGGAGUCGGGGGAUGAAAAUGUGAAGAAUGCGAUUCAGUUGAGGAAAGUGAAGUCUGAUUCCACUGAGUUGGUAAAUUGCGAUAAAAUUGAAGAGAAAAAUGAUGAGAUCAAUAAUUCUGAGCCAAAUAGGGAUUUGAAGGGUAGUGAUGGGGAUAUUGACAAGAGCCCAGAUAGAGGGAUUUCAAGAUACGUUCCGAAAAAUUCAGAUUUGGGUACAAUAGUGAUGAAAAGGAUAAGGAAAUUGAGGUUGGAAUCAUGA